AUGUUUCCUCCAAAGUCGGCAACUAAUCGUGUUUUGCAAUGGGCAACUUUUGCCCGGACUUGGUGGAUUUAUGAUGCGCAACAUCAGUGUCCAUUCAAGUCGGCCAUUAUGUUAUCAUAUGUUCUUCAAGGCAGACACAAACCUAUUUACCAUCCUCUGAGUGACAUUGGUGACCAUGUUGUAGUGAUCAACACUAACCACAUAGCAAUGAAAGAUGAAAUGUGGAGGAAAUGGAAGUAUCACCACCAUACAGGUUAUCCCAAAGGAAAGUCAAUAACGUCAGCAUGGAGACUGCAUGAGUUGGACCCUACCAAAAUUAUGUACAAGUGUGUUUACAGCAAUGUACCUGGUAACCUUUUACGACACACACUCAUGCGCAGACUUCAUCUCUAUGCUGAAACUGAUGUUCCUGAGGAAAUUCUUAACAAUGUAACUGAUCAGCUUCGUCAACUGCAUCCAGUCCCCAAACGUUUGGAUGAAUAUUCAAAAGAAGAAAUUGACAAUUUUCCCAAAUUAUUUGAUUGGCCCAGCGAUUAUGUUUUGGAGCCAAUCAAGAAAGUAAAAGUUGAGACCUCAUCUUGA